AUGGGCAAUGAACUUUGCGGGCCUCUACUCUCCAAGAAUCGCAGUGGAGAUGGCACUACACAAGACCCGAAGAAUGGAAGGAAUGAAGAUGGCAACGGAAUGGAGUUUAAUUGGUUUUAUGUGAGCAUGGCAUCGGGGUUUAUUGUAGGAUUUUGGAGCACAAUUGGCUCUCAGAAUGAAGAAAUAAUAAAGCCAUUGGUAAACAAACUAAUUGAAAAUCUUCCAUUAGAGAACUACUCAAACAUGAAUAUGGUAUUCUGUGCAAUUCAGCAAGUGCUCGUUUCUGAUAAUUACUGUCUACGGAAAACAAUUAAAUCAUCUGAGGAAGGCUUACAAACAGUUUCGCAGGCAUACGCUUGA